CGGUAACGAUAUUUGAAGAACUGUCGAUUGCCGUUGAACGUAAAUAAUUCCAUUUGACGUUUAACCGGGACUCACCGUCGUGUCGUUUUACUCGAGCUCUUUUUGCCACCGGUACCGUUUCGGAAACACGACAAAACAUGAUCGGCAACGUAAGUAUAUUCGGAUUUUGUUGUUGCUGUUCUUUUUUCAACUUCGAAAGCCGUUUAGACCUGUAUUGUUGCAUCACACACGUCUCCCUGUCUUUUUCUGUUCAGCGCUACGUUUCUUUUAGAACUUUUCACUUCUAUAGUAUAUUGUUACAUCUUCCGCGACUUUAUCAAACCAUCGUUGCAUGAUUUCACCUAUAAGAUAAUUUUUCCUUGUAGUUUGGUUUUCGUCACACAAUACACGUACAAUAUUAUGUUUAUGUAUACAUCAGACAUGGAAGACCGUGGACAUUUUCGAAGAGGUGUUGUGUGAAGGCGACUUUAAACGAAAAGCCGCAGCAAUUCCCGUCUAAAUUAUACUUCCGUUAUUCCGAUACUAUCUUUGGUUUCUAACUUUUAAAAAUUCAGAAUUUACCAACUUUAUUUAACUGCGUUUGUUUUAGAUCAUAUUUAAUUAAUACGUGAAUAAUAAUUAUUGUAUAUAUUUAUAUACAGAGUGAUCAAUAUAAAGUAAGGCACUAAUUAUUUCGGAGAGUAUUAACUUUGGUUUUUUAGAAUAUUUAACUUUGAAAAAAGGAAGCACUAAAUGUUGCAUUACUCUUUUUCGUCACGCUUGAAUGAAUGUAACCAUUAAAUACUUUUGAUUUUCAAAUACAACCAAUAUCAAAUAUUCCAUACAAAUAAUUGGCGUAUUAGUUUAAAUCAAUUUCGAUGUUAACAUUUCUGAUAUCCGUCAACCUGUUGAUGAGAUACAUAUAAGUAUGGGUUGUCAUUUGUAAAUCAAAAGUAUGAUGUAAUGGUUGCACCUCUUAAAAUAAGAGCAAUAAAAAAUAGCCGUAAUGUAACAUUUGAGAGAUAUUUAUUUCUUUAUUGACUCAGAACACGAAUUCUGAAAAAAAAAAAAAUUAUACUUCUCGAGAUAAUUAGUGUCUUAUGUUUAUGCCGAUCACCCUAUAGGUACUUAAAAAUUUGUAAAUUUUUAAUAUUUUUACAUUUGCAGAAAAUGAUUUGUAUAAUUUUAAACGUUAGCCAUUAAUUGAGAUAUUCAAACGGAAAAUUAGUGUUGCGAAUGAGGCGAAAGUGUUACGACGGACGAGUGGAGUAGCUAUAGAUACGAUAAGAACAAAAAUAUACGAGUUACUCUACUCUCGAACAAAAUAUAAACAAAAUAAAGCUCACUAUUAACAAAGAUACUAAAAUGUUAUUGUUCAGAAUUUAUUGACUAUAACUGUUACUGGCACGUAUAACUUACUGUGUGGUACAGUGCAUGUAUAAACGAUAUAAUAAUGAUAUAAUACUUUUACUGAACUCAAUGCGUGUAUACUUUUCAAUGUUUCCAAAAAUACGCAGUUUACUACGUUCAUAUAAAUAUUCCCAAAAUGAGAGAGAGUUGUACUCUCGGAACUAUUGGUUUUAGUUUUUUGUAUUUAACACGUUAAAUGAAAGAGCUCAAGCCUCUUUAGUCUUUUUUCUGAGUACGCUAUUGAUCGAAACACUACUAUUCGGGACUGAAUAUUGUAUUCAAUUUUAGAUUCUGAACUUAGCGAGGAAUGCAUAUUGGUUUUACUUUUCAUCUUGUUUAUCUCCACGGGUUAUAUUAUAUAUUGUGAGUUUUAUUAGAAAUUAUUACACAGUCAGUAAAGAACCACAUUUUUACUAAAUACUUACAUUCUGGACGUGACGAAAUGUUUAAAAAAUUCUGAAGAUUUUCGAACUGACUAUAGCGACUAGACAUUUUCCAUUUUUUUUUUUUAGUUUUAUUUGGCUAAAACAAAAAAAAUAAUAGAAAUAUGUAUUGCAUAAAUUUGUCUGUUUUCCCAAAACAAUAGCCUCCUCAAUUUACCAAUUGGACAAAAUUUGAUACCAGAAAUUACCAGAAAUUACCCUUGAAGUUGAUAAUCGGAACACGAUUUCUGGUAGAAAAGUUGAAAACGGAAACAGAAAAAAAAAACACAUCGUUAUAAAACCAAUGCAUUCGCGGCUACGUUCAGAGUUGGUUUUCGUUUGCUACUAUCGUUACGUACAGAUAUAAAUUGAAUAAUUAUUCUAUACUUCCUACCUUUCUAAAACUCCACUAACAACAGUGGCUUAUCGAUGAGCAGUAUUCUGAACGAGAAGCGUAGCGACAUUGCACCAAACACCCGAAAUACAUACUGUCUAUUUUUUUUGAAUACAUUUUGUGUUUUAAAUAUUCGUUUGUGCUUCCAAAAAUGCAGACGCAGACGCUCUACCGGACGCUGUGCCGGAAGAAAAUAUUCACCGCAGAAGAAACGGAACCGGGAAAAGAAAAGUUAAGACGGGUACUGAACGUGUUCGAUCUGAUCGCGUUGGGCGUGGGUUCGACAUUGGGCAGUGGCAUUUAUGUUUUGGCGGGAACAGUGGCGAAAUCGAUUGCCGGUCCCGCGGUCGUGCUAUCAUUCGUCGUGGCCGCUAUCGUGUCGUCGUUUUCAGGUAAGUGUAUAAUCGUGAAAAGCGACGUAGGUACUUGGGAGAGUGGACGAUCGAAGGAAAAGUAUUCCGGAGUUCUGAAUUCGUUUUCGCCAGGUUUCUGUAAACAGCGAAUAGAAAUUUCAGGUAUCAAUUGAUAAUGUAGUAGAUCAAGUUCGUAUGUAAAAUAGUUUAUUAUAGUAUUAUUAUAUAUUACCGUAUAGGUAAUACAUAAAAUAAUGUAUGCAUAUGCAUUUUUUAGGAGUCUGUUACGCUGAAUUCGCCGGCCGAGUACCUAAAGCCGGAUCUGCUUAUAUUUAUAGUUACGUGACUGUCGGGGAGUUUAUCGCGUUUGUCAUUGGCUGGAAUUUGUUCAUCGAUAAUACAAUAGGUAACUAUUUUUUGCAAAUUUAAUGUCAUGCAAUAUAAUAAUGUAGCUGAGGCAUUUUAUAGACCAUUCAAAUGUAUUAUUGUAGUGAUAAAAUACUGACUUCAUUACACCUAUCUUGUCCUCAACUAUCUUUUUGUCGUCCACUAUGCCCAGCAUCCUUACAUUUUCCCUUACUCUGUUCGAACAUUUUUGUUUGGACGUUCUUUUGGCCUUUUGGUAUCUGGUCUUGUUAUUUAUCUAAGUUAGAGACGAAUUGAAAUAUUUAAUUUGGGGGCUUAAGUAGUAUAAAAUAAUACCUACCUAUCGUCAUCUCAUCUCACCCACCGAUUCUAAAACAACCCAAACUUCUUUUUGUUGUUUUUGAAAAAAAAAAAAAAAAACCACUUACUCAAAAUCAAACAAACAAUAGCUGUAUUUUAAAUUGUGCAUCAUCUAAGAAUAAGAUUAAUGAUUUAACUAAUAGUAAUCGUUAAAUGUUUCUGAUAAUUUUGAACUAUUGGCUGUGAAAUUAUUAUUAUCUCUCGAACUUUGCUUUUGUGUGGUUUACGAUUUUGUUGACAUUUAAAUGACUUAACACUCAUCUAGCCAAAACUUUUAGCAGUUUAGUGAAUAGUGCUAAACUAUCAAAUAAACUAUCAAAAUUGAAAUGUGAACUAUCAAAACUAUAUCCAAAUCGCCUCUAGUCAAAGUAAUCCUAUUCCGAUCUCCCUUGUGGAAACUUCAAACAUGUUCUGUUCAUUUCUGUCUAAUGCUUUUUGAACUCCUAUUAUUCCUGCCUCUCCGUAUUGUCACUCCAUCUCCUUAAUUUAUUCUUAUCCUCUAAUCCACAUUGUCAUUUUUAACUACUAUAUAAUUGAUAAAGAAAACAUGUUGUUCUUUUUCAUGGGUAAAAAAACAAGUGAAUAUUGAAUGCAUGUUAUUAUUUAUUUAUUUUAAUUACAACGAUUGCGAUACAAACCAAAAGCAUUGGGUAUUAUGAUAUUUCUCCAGGUACAGCUGCAGCUGGCAAAGCUAUGGCUAAUUAUCUGGACGCUCUACUUGGGGAUCCUCAAAAAACAUUGAUGCAAAAAUAUUACCCAAUUCACUUAGACUAUAUGGGCGAAUAUCCAGACGUUGCGGCGUUUGUAUUCGUCAUGGCAGUAACGGGUAAAUACGAAAUAAUAUUAAAUUGUAUUGAAAACUAUAUUGAAAAAAUGUACUUGCAUCGUAUAUUUAUUUUUGGAUUUCUGAUGGUUAAAAAAUCUUUUCUGUUAGUUUUCAUAUUAGUUAGUUAUUAUAAUUAUGUAUCUACUGUACAUUUUCAGUUGUUUUGGCUUGGGGCGUUCGACAGUCUUCAGCUCUCAGUAGCGUGUUUACUACGUUAAACAUACUGACCGUAGGCACGGUGAUUGUCAGCGGAUUUUAUUUUGGUACGUUUACACAAUCAAAUAUUAGUAAAUGUUGACAUUUUUUUUUUUUUAGUAUAAAAUUGGUACAUACGAAAUUAUUCGUUUUCAUUGAUAUUUUUAACAAUGUAUACAUUAUAUAUAGUAUAAUAUGCAAGGUUAGAAAAAAUAUAGUGCAUUCAAAGACACCUGUCGUUAAAUAACGCAUACAAUCUCUCAAAUUUUGACAACAACUCUUGCGAUCGUUUCAGCCAAUCCAUCCAACUGGUUCAUUCGAGAAAACGAAAUUCCGGCCGGAGCUGCCGGCGGUGAUGGCGGUUUUUUGCCGUUUGGCUGGACGGGAGUGUUGGUCGGAGCCGCCAGAUGUUUUUACGGAUACAUCGGAUUCGAAUCGAUAGCCACGACCGGUUUAAAUUAUUUUUAUAUAUUUUUAAAAAUUAUGUCUGUUUUCAAAGGGAGGCUAUAAAAAUGCGAAAAAUAAUUCAACGGAAUGUAAAUUUGCGGAAAGUAAAAUGACGGAACGUUAUAUCUUGGACCGUAAUGCCCCGGUGCGUAAAGUGGCGGAAUAUAAAAUUUCGGACUGCCAUAUCCCGGACCGUGAAAACUCGGAACGUAACAUAACGGAAUGUUAUAGUGUGGAACGUAAAAUACCGGAACGUAAUAUUACGGAAAAAUAAUAAUUGGUACAUAAACUAUUAAACGCUAAUCGUCGCUUUAGUCCACUAGGAUCACCAUCGCUGUUCUAAGUUAACGGCGGGCUAUUUGAAGCCAUGCCGAGAAUUGCGGUGAUGUUUGCAUUGGCGUUGAAUAUUUUCUAUGUUAAUUGUGUACCUUAUUAAUAUUAAUUUUGCAUUGAUAUUAUAUGACUUUGAAAGUAUUUUUUUUUCGAUUAAGCCUUGCCUGUCAUCUCCCUAAUUGAACUUAUGAAUUUAUUACGUAAAAAAUCAAAACAUUUCUAGACUUAAAAAUGGUUUAAUUUUUUUAAUGUUUAUAUUGUAUGGUUAAAAACCAUUAUUUUUAAUAAUGUGCACAAUUUCAGAUCUUAAACUAAAUAGGAAGGUACUUAAAUAACCCCAAAAAUGUAUUUUAAAUUUAUCAAAAAGUCAUGUUCGGAGGGAUCCUUUAUGCCUUCUAUUUAAGAUAAAAUUAUGUGUUUCCAACUGUCGUUUAUUUUGCCGAUAAUAAAUUAUUCAUAGGAGAUUUAGAAAAAAAAACCAAAGUUGAUUCGACCGUUGCGUAAUUAGAUAUACCUAUGUUGAGAAUCAUUGGUUUAUGGUAUUUUAAAUUCCGUAAUUUUACUUUCCGCAAAACUACGGCCCGUGAUUGUUACGUUCUUGAAUAACACAGUCCAGAGUAUUACUAUCCGUGAUAUUAAAUUCCACAUUUUUCUGUUUCCGUAAUUAUACGUUCUACAAAACUAUGGUUUGAAUAAUUAAAUUCCGUUAUUUUACGUUCCACAGUAUUACGGCCCGUCACUUUACUUUCCGUAUUUUUUAUCGUUCCGGUCAAUUAUUUUCCGUAUAUAUACAGCCUAACUUUUUAAAGUAUACAGUAACAACUUUCCUAUAUUUUUUUCCACGUCACGUCACGUUCGUACAUUUAGGCGAUGAGACCAAAAAUCCAAACAAGACAAUUCCUCUGGCAAUUCUAUUUACACUUUUAUUCACCACUUUGGCGUACGCGGGCGUAGCGUCGGUACUGACUCUUAUGUGGCCGUAUUAUGAUCAAGUAAUUAAUACGAUAAUAGCAUUUUCCGAUAUUUCCAAACGAAAAACCCAUCGGAACCGCCCAUCUCUUACGGCACUCGAUCGAGAUAUUGUAUUUAUUAUUUUAGGAUCCGGAUGCUCCGUUGCCGGUCAUUUACAGCAACUUAGGGAUGCCCGUAAUUAAAUACAUGGUUAGCUGCGGAGCGGUAUUCGCUUUGCUCACGACGUACGUGGUUAUUAUUGUUAUUCAUUUUUUGUUUUAGUUUUGAUUUUCUAUUGACUGUCGAUAUUUUGUUUUUCGGCAUUUAGUUUGUUGGGCUGUUUAUUUCCGACGCCACGAAUUUUGUAUGCCAUGUCCAGCGACGGUCUUCUGUUUGAAUUUUUGUCAAACGUCAACGAAAAAACCCGGACGCCAAUCACCGCCACGUUGAUAUGCGGAUUCGCCUCCGGUAAAACUCUUUCGUGCCGUUUUACUAUUUCAUAUAGGUUAGUGUUGUAAUCAGUGGCGGCCUGUUGAUAAAUACUCUGGGAGACUACAAAUGUUUAAAACUACCUACCUAUUUAUUAUAGCUACUAGUACUUUAAAUUUUUUAAAACUAUUGACUAACGAAAAGUUCAACACCUCGGCUUUUGGAUUCAUUUGUUAGGGGUUACACUUAAAUAAAUUAUUAAUAAACAAUAUAAUAAUAAUAAAACAGUGUUUUACAAAGUCCUAUUGUUAAACAUAUAUGUAAGACCUGGGCGAUAACAAAAGACGAAAAAUCAAAAUUCCAAAUAUUUGAGAAGGAAUUGCUAAAGAAGAUAACAAUAUACAGAUUCACACUAAAUCCGGUGUCAGAAAGUUAUGAAAAAAAGAAAAAUGACGAACUCAAAAGCAUUUUCAAAAGAUCAAACAUACAAACAUUUCUGAAAACUAAAAUUUUUUGGUUGGCCAUGUAUGGUGAACAAUGGCUAAGCGAAUCCAUUCGAUUUUAAUUAAUAAACUCAGAAAACAGAGACCAGGAGGGUUUGAACAAAUUUGUAUUCUUUAUAGAUUAUUAUAGUUAUAAGUGGACUUUCUUGUGAUUUUUUUGAGGUUGAAAUUUAGUGUUAAAAUUUUCUGUGGCGAACUUCCACUAGUUGGUCAUAAUAAUACUAUAAAAUUGACUGAUCGACUUACCCGCAGCCAUACUAUCAUCCAUAUUCGACAUCGAACAACUCGUCGAGAUGUCGUCUAUCGGUACGCUGAUAUCUUAUUCGAUCGUUUGCAUUUGCAUAUUGAUACUCAGGUAUAUUCAAUAAUAUUUUCGAAACAAUACGAGACCAUUUAAAUAUAACGUUACAGUCGCUUUUUUUUUUGUAUACAGGUACAAAAAUAAUAGUAGUACGGAUGUUCGGGACGACGAAGACAUAAAUUCCGAGGUGUUAUUUUUCGUCAAAUGGUUCGAUAAUAUAGCGAAUGCGAAAAUACCGAACGCCGAUACACAAUACGUAUCGAGAAUUCUGAUAUUGAUCUACAGUACGUUUUCAAAUACCCCUAAUUAAUAACAAUAUAACAAUUAUAAUAAUGUUUUUUUUUACGCCCCGUACGUACCAAUGUUCGAAGUUUAUGGUUUAUCGUUGUUUACAUAUAUACAUAAAUUUACUUAUAACAGUGGCUAUACCUGACCCCAUUAUCUUAAGACGUUUUUUUAAUCUUUCAAUCUAUUUUUAUUUUAACCUGAAGAAUCAGUUUUUCCUUAUUUUUUUGAAAAUUAAUGAGAAUUUCAAAAAAUUACCUGUUUAAGGAAUACAAUUUCUAGUAGAAAGUGUUCACAUAAAAAAACCAAUAAAAUAAAUAUCAUUGUAAAACCAACUCAUUUCUAGCUCCGUUCAAAAUCUAAAAUAUAUAUAUAUAUAUAUGUAUAUAUAUAUAAUUUUUAAAUUGUUGUAUCUCGGUGGUUAAAAUUUAGGAAAAUUUUUUAUGGUCUUUCUCGUUAAUAAACAUUUUAACAAUAUUUAUAUAAAUUCAAAUAAACUUUUUUACGUCCGCAUAGCCUUAGUUCGAAAGGGCUGCCGCCAAAACGGUCCCGUCAAAAUGGGUAUGCCCAAAUGUCCUACUGCCACUCCGCACUCUCCGUUUAACAUUUUGUUAGUUACUAUAAAUCUCGCGUCUAGUUCUGUAUAUCUCAGUCAUUAUUAACAAUGUAACCACUAGAAAUCGAUGAAAAAUGAUGUCUCAUUAAUCUAGGGUUUGUAAAACAUAUUUUUUUCGAGUUUAAGUUAAAAUAUCCGUUAAAGGCCCUUUAUAUUGUUCGUUAGUCGGACGAAUUUUAUAGUAUGAUUUUGUCAUUUGGGACUCUAUCUUGGCAGAAAACUUUAUUAUGUUUGAACGUGUUUAUUGCAAUCAUUCUGACUGUAAACGUUUUUCCUAGUAUUUUAUUAAUAUUUUACUUAUUGUUAAUUAGGCAUAAAGCCCGUAUCGUGUGUAUAUAAAAUAAAAUAAAAACAAAAUAAUAUUUUGAUUUCUCCACAGCUGUUGUCGCAUUCGUGUUUUGCGUCUGCACAGUAAACGUCGGCAAUUACAAAGGUGUCUAUCAGGUACCAAUAUUGGCCACAAUCAUGUUCACGGUCGCAGUGUUAUUUAUGAUUAUGAUAAUGUUGAACAGACUGCCGCAAUCCAUCGAGAACUUAACGUUUAAGGUAAGGAAAUAAUAUUUUCCGAAAUCGUGUAUAUCGAGUCACUGUGUCCGAUUUGUAUUCGAUUCGGUGUGUACCGACAUACCAACUGACGGUGCCGAUCGACAUUCGUGUAACACAAUUGCCUAUACAUUCGCCGUGCAACACGUUUAUAUUAAUAUUAAAUAUUAUGGCCCGGACUUUAAUGCAAAGUGCAUAAUAUUUUGUUUCUGCGUUUUUCGAUUAAUGUUAUUGGUACUUUAAAAGUGGAGGUUUGCAUUUUUCAAAGUUUUUCACUUUUAGAUAAUUUUCCGAUAAUUUUGUUAGUUUUAAGUACAUAUAUACACAUUAUAUACGAGUUAAUAGUUGAAAUAUUUAUGUAAUUCAAAAUAUAAUCUCAAAAAAGUUCCAUUUUCAUGAAAUUUGCUUUAAUAAGUGUUAACCGUUUCAGGCAUUCUUCAUCAAUACAGUUUGUCAAACGCUAAGUUUAUAAUUUUGAUAACGUCAUUAUCGUAAUAUACCUCCGUAAGGGCUAUGGUGUGCAUUGCCGUGCCCAAACAUUUUCAAUGAGAGAGGAUAUGUAGUAAAUAACGAUCACUUUUUAAAAGUUGGAUCCAAAAGAGCCAAUUCGCAUUCAAUCAAUCAAACAGUUUCCUUAGAAAUUUUGCUGAAAGGUACAUUGUCAAUAUAAUGUUAUUAAAUAAACAUGUGAAGCAUGUUAACUGUUGUAUUGUUGAUUCAAUAUGUUAAGGGUAGGGAUAUAAUCCCUAAACUCCUUUCUUUGCACAAGCCUUUAGCACAAAGUGAUAUGUGUUGUAAUUUAGCUUGCUAAAAUUAAUUACCCUUAAUUUUUAACUUAUAUGAUAGUGUGAUACAUCAAACAUAUUAGUUUUGAGGACGCUGAACUCAAAUUUUGCAUUCGUUUUUAAAUUGACCUGUUAGUUAGGGCGGCUAAGGAAGGUGAUUUUUAAUGUUUUACAUUAUUUGUAUUUUUUAUAAUAAUUAAUGUUUUUAAAGGUUGGUGAAUUCAAAUAUUUUUAUACAGGUUUUAAAUUAACCAUUCAAUUUAGAAAUUGUAUAAAACCGAGGUAGGUAAAGUUGAUACAAAAUUUCCAAAUAAAUAAAUAAAAUUACAUGUUGAUAAUAGUAUUCUAUACUAGCCCAUUCUAUACUUAAAUAUUUGACAGUUACUAGUUUCUACAAAAUAAUAAUGUAAUAUAUUAUACACGUUAAGAAAUAAAUAAAAAAAAAAAAAUGAUAAUAAUUACCACAAUAAAAUAUCGACAAAAUUAAAAUAUAAUACGGUGACUAAUAACGUUUUGUAUUUCGUGAGAUAAUGAGAGAAUUACAAAUUUUUAGUGAAAGAAAAAAAAAACAUAACGCAGUAUAAAUUUAAAGAAUAUAUGGUUAUCUUAUAAAUCCAAAAUUUCUUAUGGAAUUGAAAGGCUCGAAAGUUUUACUAUAAUUUAUGUAUAUGGCGAAGAAGCUUAAAAGUAAUAAAUAAUAAGCUUUUAUAUUUAAUAAAUAUAAAAAAACGUAACGGAUUUCCAGAUCCAAAAUUGAAUAAUUUAAAUGUAUUUAAAAAGAGACAACAAUUAACUUACCUUGUUCUGUAAGAUCCAUAUCAUAUUGCGAUAAAAAAUAAUUCAAACACACAUAUACGUUCCUUUUUAAAUGAGAUUACCAUAUGACAAUGACUUUGUUAAUUACGCAGUUUUUGAUACUAUAUUCAUACUUGUGUAUGUUAAGCAUUUAAGUUAAGAUAGUUAGCAUCUUAUUCCUAUUAUACUUAUAGCUAUCAAUAGUUCAAUAUCAUAAUUCUUAUUUGGCAUAAUUUUAAAAUUGACUUUAGGCAAGCUAAAUUACGAUUCAGACCACUGUUUGGUGGUGCGUCAUAUGCGGGUUCCAACAAAUAAUAUCUACAAAAGUGAAACUUUUUUUCCGCACUUGUCGCUGUUUUGACAUACGUAUUUUAAGAGUAUUAUUUCAAUUUUUUUUGCGGGCAUUUGAAUCCGGGUCCUUAUUAUUAUACUAUUAUGCUAUUUUAUACUCACGGCGUUUCGUUUUAUGCAUGUUUCAUGUGACUACAAAUAUAUUUGUGGUUUUUUUACAGGUGCCCUGCGUCCCACUCAUACCGUGCCUGAGCAUCGUUCUCAACCUGUACCUAAUGAUGGAGCUGAAUUAUAAGACGUGGAUAAGGUUCGGCAUGGGGAUUAUAUUCGGUCGGUACCUAAUAUUACGUACUAUCAUACAUAUUAUAUAAUCACGAGAUGAAAACAUCGUCCAUUUUUCAAAGACGUAAAAACAAUCGGGUUUUUUUUUUUUUUUACCAUCUAGGUGAACUCUUUUUUGACAAAAUCCGAAAUGCUUUCGUUUGUAAUUCUAGUAUCCAAUUCGGUUGUAUUUUACGCCAGUAUAAUAUUAUUAUACGUUUUAGGUCCACGCACAAUUAUAAAAUUUGUUUUUUCGUUACUCUAACCUGUUUAACGGGGAAGAUUAUUGGGUAAAUACGGAGAUAUAUCUUCAUAAAUAUCCCUUGAUAUCAUUUUACAAUCCAUUAUUUAUUAUAUUAUGAGCGUACAUUUUUAUAAAUUAAAAUUGCUUUACUUUUAGUCGGGAAAAUCUAUUUAAUUAUUAAAUUAGUAUUAUAAAAAUCACGAACGUAUACAAUUGCUUGUUUAGAAUGAAACCUAUACAAAUCACUUUAAUAUAAAGUAAGAUCAGUACCUAAAUAUAGUAAAUAAACUAAUAACAAUUAUGAAUUGAGUUCCUAGUAUAUUGAUUUCGAGUUUUUCAAGAUUUAAAGUUUAAGGUUAUUUGUAUUUAAUAUUAUUAUUAUGGUAUAUUUAUCAUAUCAUCACUAUAAUAGAAUAAUAAAAAAAUGUUUAGCCAUUUGGCAGUAAAGAGACAUAAGGGUUAUGUACAGCUAUUGUGGACCCUUGUACCUAUUUACUUCUAAUAUGUUAUGACAUUUGCAUUUGAAGACUAUUAGUGGGAUCUAGUAUACUUAGUACCUGUAUACUUUUGAUACUAGAUUGAAGCACAUGACGAAUGAUAUUUUUUUUUUAAAAUGGAAUAUUUUUAGUUCAGGUGUGCUCUUAACUCAGAUUUUAAAAAAAUAUCGUUUAUACCCCUUGUGUUCUAGGUGCCUUAAUUAAUAUUAUACCUAUAGUUAUUUGAUUAUAAUGAUAAUUUUAUAAUUUUAGAGCAAAUUGAAUAUUAUAAAUUCUUUGCAAAAAUAUCAAAUAUGUAUGUAAUCAAAAAAUUAACCAUAAAUGAUUUUUCCAGGAAUAUUCAUAUAUGUAAUGUAUGGAGCUCAACACAGUUUAGAGGGUAGGAAACAACGAGCGUUGAAAGUGGAAGACAGAAAAACGCCAGAAAUCUCAAGUUAA